GGUCGACCAAGCCAAACAAACAACAAUUGUGUCACCCUAAUCAAAUCAAACCGUGAACCGAUAGGAAAAGCACCGUGAACAGAAGGAAAAGUCCAUCGGUUUCGACUGUCAUAGCAGUCCUCUUGGUCAACUCCUGCAUGCUGCUGGGAAUGCUGUACACGUCGAGAUCACAAGGGUCGCUAUGAGCGUCUCCGCUGUCCAUUCGGAGUUGAAAAUACCAAAAAAGUACACAAAGCCCAAUCAGGGACAUGGACGUAUCGAAGCUGUUGUCAACAGAAACUGGCUUAGGCAGUUGCUGAAAUACAGACGAGUUCCAGAGUUUGUCCACCAUGAAAAACUGAGCGAUGAUGAAAUUUCUUCAUUGUUCAAACAAGAUGAGCAGUUCUCUCAGGGAUGGCAGAAGAUUAUUAUUAUUGUGUUAAAGAAGGAAGAUACCCGAGUUAUCCCUUUGCCCAGGGUAAGACUCGUUGGGAAACCAGAGCCACAGCUUUCUCUCUCACAAAUUCUACAGUAUGUUUCGCAUACCAAUUACAAAAAUCUCUGGAAAGAAGCAUCUCGCAAGCAUAACAAUGCGUUCACACAGUGGGAGCCGUGUGAGGAUUCGUACGUUCAACUCACAGACCAAGCGUCUUUGGUUCGUGAAGUCCUCUCAAGAACAUACGGGGCCCCUCUGAUCAAACUGCAGGAGACUCAGUGUUAUAACGACAAUAAUUUCAGCCCUCAUGCAAAUCUUCUCCCUUCAAUGUUUUUAAUUGAAUCCAGCAAGAAUUUUUUUGUUAUACAUGAACGUUCAUUGGAACAUACCGUAGAAGAUUGUGUCACUUUUUCCCCAGCACUUUUAUCCGGAAGUUAUUCAAAGCCCAUGUUUAUCAUUUAUCAGCUCCUUCGACUCAUGAGGCAUUUACAUGAUAUGGGUCUUGUUCUCGGCAACAUUAGCUUGGCUGACAUUUACAUUGGAUCUAAUCUAUGGAUACAAGUAAUUCCAAACUUGAUGGACAAUAUGUGCCCAGCACCAGAACCGACAUUUGUCCAGAGUUCAAAGACAUGCACUGAAGAAAAGAAAGAUAUGGUGGACCUUGUAGAGCUUACCGCAGCAUGGAUUUACGGCGCUGUUUCCAAUUAUGACUACCUCUGUAAGCUUAAUUCCCUUGCUGGGAGAAGAUUUGGUGAUCCGAGGAGCCAUUAUGUCCUACCGUGGGUAAGCGACUUCACAUCACGCUCGGGCAAUGAAUGGAGGGACUUGACAAAAUCAAAGUUCAGGCUGAAUAAAGGCGACCGGCAACUUGAUCUGACCUAUGACCUACCACCAUCAGCCAAUUCAGCUCAGAUCCCACAUCAUGUUUCUGAUGUUCUAUCAGAAAUCACGUACUAUGUGUAUUUGAGUCGGGUGACACCGAAACCCGUGCUAUGUAAAUAUGUAAGACCACAAUGGGUGCCUGCUGAGUAUCCUGCUUCAAUACAAAGGCUUCAAGCAUGGUCACCAGACGAAUGCAUUCCAGAAUUUUUUACAGACCCCACAGUAUUUAAGUCGAUUCACAGUGACUUGGGAGAUUUGGAGGUACCUCCUUGGUGCUCAUCACCUCAGGAGUUUGUGGCAAAGCACAGAGCGAUGCUAGAAAGCCAAUAUGUCUCAGAAAGACUUCAUCAUUGGAUAGACCUCACUUUUGGAUACAAGCUUUCAGGUCAAGCAGCGAUUCGGUCGAAAAAUGUCUGUUUACAACUUGUUGACGGUCAUAAAGAUCUUACUGGCUUUGGAAUUGUUCAGCUCUUCUCUUAUCCCCAUCCGCAUCGAUUAAUGGCUAGUCCUUACUGGGGAAAAACUCCUCCAAGAAUACACCAACAAAGAAGAAAGUCUGGCCAAGAGGAAGAUGAUUGUCACAGCUCAGGGUUGGAGGAAGAAGAACCACCACAGUCAUCUCCUUUGACUCUCUCUAGACUUAUUAGUCGUUCAAGAACAUCUCUUAUUUCAUCGCCAUUGAGCUCCACACCAGAUCCAGAAAAGGUCGUGCUGCCUAUCCCGAAAGAUUAUAAUCCAGUCGCUGCUCUGAAUGUUGUCGAAUCGCUUCAUGCAUUUUCGUGGUUUUCGAACUUUCAACCGCCAAAGAUGGAGAAGGCCUGUCAGGAAAAGUCAGAAAUUCAGCAAUGCAAGCAGAUUGUGGCUGCAAAGCGUGCUAAGGAGAUGCAAGUCCUUGGAUGCCUAAUUGUGGAACUGUUUCUCGCAGAGAAGAUAAGAGUUUUUGGAACAAGUAGAAUGACAUUGGAACAGAGACUCGCAGCAGCCCGUUCUGUUGUUUUUCAUUCCAACACUCUGCUUCCUCGCUGUGUCAAAUCUCUCGUUUAUCUUCUUUUGCAGGAUGAUUACCCGAUCGUGACUAGCUCUGGUGUGCCACCUCCUUGUGCACACCAACUCCUCCAACCCCUUAUAACAUCAUCCUCUCUAGUCCAUUUUCCUAAAGGGUUUUCUAGUUUAUAUUUUUCGUUAGUUUCACUAGUCAGUUAUACAAGAGCGAUGGAUGAGUUAGGCGGUGCUAGCACAGCAAUUGCUUUGAAAGUCAGCCAACUUAAGGUCAUGAGCUUAGCAAAUAACAUAGAACAGUUGGUUGAAGGAAAUGAUAUUUGUUUGAAUCUAAUUCUGCCAUUUAUAACUGAAAUGCUGAAUUCAUCACAGACAGAUGUGUUGGCAGCAUGGUACUUGUUUGAUCAUGUCGCCAGGGCUUUAGGGCCAAAAAAGACAACGAAAUACCUGUUAGAAACGAUGCUCCGUCUUUAUGACUGUGAGUGUCCAAGGGAGCCGCACCUUUUGAAAAAACGCGUGAAGUUGUACCAUCGAUCGUUUAUGAUCAAGCUCAUUGUGAGAUUUGGCCUGUCUACCUUUUUGGACAAUUUUAUCCUCCCUUUGGUCGAAGCAGUUGGCGGAUAUCACGAUGUAGAUCAGACUGGACAUUCCCACCUUGGGGAAGUUGAAGAAGCAGUUGAAGCUGAUGCUUCAAUGCUACUCUCACCCCUUGAUGAAGAUUCAUCAGCAGAUUCUGAAAAAGCAUCGCACAACCUGUGUGAGAAAGAAUUGGAAGAAACAGAGCCAGAAGUGUUUCACCUUGAGGAAGACUCAGUAGAAGACAACUCUAAAUCUGGACCAAAAUCUGCAAUUUCAAUUCAAAAUCUGCUUAUCGAUAAUCUGGAUUCUUUAUCUAUAGAUGAAAGAGAUGGAGACGAAAACAAGGCGUUACAAGUGACAGAAGGGAGUUUGAGAAGGAAAAGUUAUGCGAGUAUAAAACACUUGCAUUUAGACAAUGAGCCUAUAGACAUUGAAUAUUCAAAGGUGUAUGUCGGGGAGGUGUGUGAGGUGAGCGGAGAGACUGUCGUUUGGCUGGCGCAGCGACUUGGGCCAGUCCUUACUGCUAGGCACCUCUCAAGGAACCUGUUGAGGAUGCUCGGUCUCUGCUACACUGGAAGGGACAACCUCAUUCCCAUCGAUGACUUAAGCCAUCAAGCAGUCAGCACUGGCACUGUUUCACUAGUCGGAGACACCAAUGCAUUUCAUGUACUGCGUUGUUUGACUUCGAUAGCAACGUUAUAUGGAGAGCAAGUGAUUUUGGUGCAGUACAUGGGCCAUGUAACCGAUCUGGUCUUGGUUUGUCGGAGGAAGAUCACAGGUGUAUUGGAAGGUGCUCUCAUCGGUUGUUUGUCAUUGGUGACUCAGUGCAUCGGGACAUUAAGCGAUCAGUCUUUGGCAGAAAUGCUCAAUGACAGUCUUAUCAAAGGUCUCCUCCUACCUUCUCUCAGGCUACUAGCUUCUUUUUCAGUAGUUCUCCCUUCCGGAUUGAACGGGCGGAAAGCCCUGGCUCUCAAAACGCUAUCUGCCCUGGUUUGCCUCGUGAGAAGAGCCGAUCACAAGCAAAGGCUAGUCCUUUUGCAGACUGUGCAACGGUUUUUUCUUACUUUCAGCAAAGUUUAUGACCACACACCAGAGAGACAGCAAGAAAGCAGUGAUGUUGAGUUGAAACAAAGAAACAAACUGAAAGAUGAUAUUUAUGAAUCCCCUCCUAAGUCUACUGUGUCAAGCAUGUCUGAAGCUGAUAACCUCAGAUCACUUGCGCAGGAAGAGCUGAGGGAAACACUUAACCCAGAAUUUGCUUUUUUAGCCUACAAACCUUUCGCAGAUUUUUUCGGUGAAUCUGUCAUGGAACAGAAUCUGAAAAACUUUGACCUCGUAAAACAUCUUUGUGAAAAAUAUUUAAAAGAAAAGUCUGAAGCAGGAUGUCCCAUUCCAGGAACAUGCAAUAUAGAACCACCAGAGAUUGUCGAAGGUCUCGUGGAAACACCUAUUCAAGUGGGUAGUUUCAGUAAUGUCGUCGUGGUAGGAAACAGAAUUGACAUUCAGGACUCUCUUGCCAAAGGGUCAAGCCCUGGCAUUCAGGAAGAGAGUGUUAAAAGCAAGAAAGUGGAAUCGCACAAUAGGCAUUUGCAUGGCAACUGGCUGGCCUAUUGGGAGCACGAACUUGGUCGCAACUCAAAGGAUACAAAAAUGAACAUUAAACAGAUCAAAUUACAAACAUUUGUUGGCCACUGCAACUCUGUCAAACAUAUAGUAACCCUGGCGUCAGAAAAUAGUUUUAUGUCAGCUUCAAGGGAUAAAACUGUCCGGUUGUGGUCACUCCGUAGUCAGGGUGAUGGUAGCCAUAUCUCACAAGCCCAAUGGACAUACAAUGGCCACCGUAAGUCAGUUUUAUGCCUUGGCUGGUUGGAAAGGCAUCGGCUUGCAGUUUCUUCAGAUUCGUGUCUUCAUCUCUGGGAUCCCUUUGUGGGUCGGCCAGUAGUCUUGUCACUCGGAGAUUCGUCUUCCUCGGGUUUAAGUGGGAGUGGAAACAAUGGGCCGACUGUGAAUGUCUUGAGGCCGAUUCAUCCUCCUUCCUCCUGUAUCGCCUGUGGAAUGACUGACGGAACUGUGAAAACUCUCGAUGCUAGAACUGGGUCUUUUGUAAAUGAACUGAAAGUAUCUCAGAAUCCUGGUGGGCUCAUAAGAUGCAUCGUUGUCUCGCCAAAUUCAAGUUGGCUUGGGAUUGGACAAGCAUCAGGAAUGCUUACAGUGCUGGAUUUGACCUCUGGUGCUGUGCUGUCAUCUUGGAAAGCGCAUGACGCGGAGAUCCUCCAACUAGUUGCAGUUGAUGAACACAGAAUUAUGAGUUCAGCUUUGGACCAAGCUGUUUCAGUUUGGAACAUUCAAGACGGAAAGCUUUUGUUUAAUCUAAAAGGUCCAACGGAACCAGUGCACUGUCUUGAAAUGGCAGGAGGAGAAGUGAUAUCAGGGACAACAGCUAACCGUAUCGGAGUCCAUACAUCAAUUGACAUGGCUGCGUCAUUCAGCUCAACUCGUUUAAGGUCGGAUACUUUCAAAGGUGUUUUGACAUCAAUGGCAGUUCUGCCAUUAAAUCGGAUUCUCUUAUUAGGCGCUGAUUCAGGUAUUGUUACAUUAAUUUGUUGAAAAACUGGUUGGGCAAAAAUAAGUAUGCGUACUGCUUGAUAAAAGAAAUCAUUAUUUGUUCAAUCAGUGGUUAUACGGAAUAAUUUAAUUUUUGGCUUCCUAUCCUGUAUGAAUAUUUCUAAAAUAUUUUUGUUUGAUAUCAUUGCUUUUUAAUCAGGUUGAUGAGAUGUUUGAAAAUAUAUUUUCCUUGUGUAAAUUGGAUACAAUUACAUUUGUAAUUGGCAUGUGUGCCACAUGUGUGUAAUACCUUAGUUUUAUUAUUUUAAUCUGACUUUAUUUAAUGAACUGUACUCACAUAGACAAGAACAAAAAUCUAAAAAAAAAAUAAUUAUGACUACGUUAAAUUUAAUUAAUAAAUGAGGAAGCUCUUUAAUUGAAUAUUUUCCCUUAUUUAAACUAGUUUAAUGUACAGGUCAACAGGCCAUGAUAUUUGUUAUAAAAUUUGACUAACAAUAAGAUCAUUUAAUACGUCCAGUUGAAUGUUAAAGAGUCUUUGUUAUUUUUAAUGGAAAAACCCCUUAACAGAAACAUAAAUCCUGUUUUGUCUGCCUGAACUUUGUGAAACAUUUUCAUGCGACUCUAUGCCUAAAGAAUAUUUUCCUGAUGUAGUACAAAAAAAGAAAGUUGAGCGAAUGAAGUCAGACUUUGUGCAGCUCCGUCCUGAAAUUCUGAACAUUCUUCGCUAGUUGUUGGUUACCAAAGAAAUAAUUAUUUUCAUAGAAAAUAACUCUUUAGGUAAUAAAAGCCAAAGAUUAAUGUUUUAAAAAAUAAUCGUUGUAACUUAUUAAAAAAUUAUUAUUCAAAAUAUCUUCCUAUCUGUAAAUAAUGUAAUAUGAAGGCAAGUGAUACAUAACAUGUACUUAUUUUGAUUAAUUUAUAUGACAGUAUUGAUUUGAUUUGUGAUAUCAUUUAUUUUAACUGUGAUUCAUUAUUUUUGUUAUAACUGUAUGCACAUUUUAUCCUAUGUAAUUAAGAAUUGCAAAAUUGAUAACAGUUUAAAUUAUUUAUAUAUAAAAUGUAAUUUUAUUAAACCCAUUCAGAAAAUAUGGAAUAAUUAAAUUAUAAAAAUAAACCAAAUUGAUUUGAUUGAUUUAUGUAAGAUACCACACGCAUAUGCAUAUAUACAUAUGUAUAAAAUUAAUCUUAUGACUUCUCUUCAAUAACUGUUUUUGAAUUGUGGCAGUCCAUGGUAGGGCCUCAGUAUUGUCCGAUUUGCCACUGAAGUUAGGCAGGCUUCAGCAGUGUUGUCAACAGCUAAGUCCUUUCAGCCUCCAAUACUUGUAAUUUUUAAACCU